GGGUGAAUGGGGGAGGGGGUCUGCAAGACAGGAUGAAGCAUUUGCUGCUGCUGGCUUUGAUUCCGCUCGCUCGAGGUUUCUCCUGUACCCGAACUUCCUGCAAGAAUGGUGGAACCUGUCUGAGUCACCCCAAUGGGACUUUCACCUGCCAGUGCCUCGCUGGCUACAAAGGAGACCUGUGCCAGUUUACGGACCCCUGUGCCCCUGGGCGCUGCCAGAAUGGGGGCACCUGCUCCCUCCAGCUCCUUCAGGCCCCAAGCCCUCCUGCCUACACUUGCGUAUGCCCUCCUGGCUUCACUGGGGAUCAAUGCCAGGGCGUGGUUGGAGAUCCCUGCUUCCCUUCACCCUGCCAACAUGGAGGAUCGUGCCAGCGGCUCUCUGGGAAGCAGUACCAGUGCCAGUGCAUGUCAGGAUGGACAGGAAAGCAUUGUCAGCUCAUGGACUUCUGCCCAGCGAAUCCCUGCGCCAACGGAGGGACCUGCGUCAUCACCUACCCGGUCAUCGUGUGCCAGUGCCGACCCGGGUUCGACGGACACACCUGCCAACACGACGUCAACGAGUGCUUCGGGCACCCCAGCCCCUGCCUCAACGGAGGCAGCUGCAUUAAUAACAUUGGCUCUUUCCGCUGCAUCUGCCCAGCCAGCUCCACCGGCCCGCUCUGCCAGAACCGCCUGGGGCCUUGUUCCCCGGACGUCUGCCAACAUGGCGGCACCUGCCACCACGUGGACGAACGGUACCACGGCUGCCUGUGCCUCCACGGCUACACAGGUCAAUACUGCGAGGUGAACCCGGAUGACUGCGAGGGGCAUCAGUGUCGCAAUGGCGCCACCUGCCAGGAUGGAAUGGGAUCGUACUCCUGUCACUGCCUCCCAGGUUGGACAGGGCUUUUCUGCCACCUGCACGACGCCUGCCUCAGCAACCCGUGUCAUCCUGAUGCGCACUGUGAUACUGACUUCCGCACUGGCCAUGCCGUCUGCACAUGCCAACAAGGUUACGCCGGACCCACGUGCUACGAAGACAUCAAUGAAUGCCAGAUGGGUGCAGACCCCUGUGAACACGGCGGAAGCUGCCACAAUACGCCCGGCUCCUUUACCUGCCGCUGCCCUGAGGGCUACGUGGGCUCCCGCUGCGAAACAAAUCUCAACGAAUGCCUCAGCCGGCCUUGCCGGAACGGAGCCUCCUGUCUCGAUUUGCUAGGCCGCUUCCAGUGCCUCUGCCCCUCCGGGUUUGGUGGGCCGUUGUGUGAAGCGGAAGUGUGCACCUCGGAUCGCUGCCUCAAUGGGGGAACCUGCCUCCCGCAGAGCCACGGAGUUGCCUGCCAGUGUGCUCCGGGAUUUGGGGGACCGCGAUGCAAGCGGGAGGUGGACAGCUGUGUCAGCUCUCCCUGUAGGAAUGGAGGCCAAUGCCAGAAUUCAGCAGGGGGGUUCCAUUGCAUCUGCCCUCAAGGUUUCGAGGGACACCAAUGCGAGAGAGAAGCGGACUUAUGCCACAGCGCCCCCUGCGGGCACGGAACCUGCAUAAACGCCCCAGCCUCCUUCAUGUGCGUUUGCUCUCCAGGCUUCACAGGACCCCUCUGCACAGAACUCAAUGACCCCUGCCAGGAUUGGCAGUGCCUCAACGGGGGCAGCUGCCAAGGGACCGACUCUGGGCCGCGCUGCAUUUGUCUGCCAGGUUGGACAGGCCAGGACUGUACCACGGAGAUAGAUGCCUGCAAUUCCAGCCCUUGCCACCAGGGGGCCACGUGCCUGACCCAUCGAGGCGCCUUCACCUGCACCUGCCCCAGCGGCUACGUAGGUGCAACAUGCCAUGAAGAUGUGGAUGAAUGCAGGUCAAGCCCCUGCCUCAAUUCGGGAAGCUGUCUUAACAGCCCCGGAACUUUCCAUUGUCUCUGCCCUGAGGGCUACACAGGCCCCAGAUGUCAAGUCAUCCUGGACCUUUGCUCAGCCAAACCCUGUGGAAACGGGGGCCGGUGUGUCGUGAAAGAGUCCUCCCCCCAUUGCCUCUGCCCCCCAGGCUGGGGUGGCUCUGGAUGCCAAGAGAAAACCAGCCAGAAUGGGGACAACUGCACUGAUCCGGCUGGAGGGCUCAGCUGCCAGUGCCGUCCGAGGGAGAAGUGUCCAAAUGGAGGGACGUGUACCAAGACAUCCGACGGAUUCCGCUGCGUCUGCCCCACAGGGACCAAAGGUCCCAACUGCGAUUUGGACCCCUGUUCCCUUCCUGGGCCCCACUGCUACUACGGGGGGACCUGCGUGGCUCAACCGGAGGGAUUUUCUUGCAUCUGCCCGCCUGGGUACGUCGGCGAGCGGUGCCAGGGGGUGGUGGACGCCUGCUUCUCCCAGCCUUGCCGCCGACCUGGCGCCCAGGACUGCCAGUCCCACGAAGACGGCUUCCGGUGUUUGUGCUCACCGGGAUACACAGGGAUUCUGUGUGAAUCUGUGAUUGACAGUUGUCAAUCAAAUCCUUGUCUCAAUGGUGGAAGCUGCAGCAUGGUGCCCGGUAACCCUCUGGAAUUCACCUGCCAGUGUCCACAGGGUUAUGAUGGAGCCACCUGUGACCUGCAAGUACCCCCUUGUGGGACCCUUUACUGCCGCAAUGGAGGGGUUUGCAUCGCCCAUGCGUCCGGACCUCGGUGCCUCUGUAUGGGGGGGUUCUCCGGACCAGAAUGCCACCUACCGCCAUGCUCUCUGGGUUCCUGCCCCACCACCAACACUACCACGGCCUUGGCGUGCCAACAGGUGUCAGGGGACGGACGUUGCGACCGCACCUGCAGCUCUCCUGAGACCCACUGGGAUGGGGGAGACUGUUCCCUGGGUUUGCUUGACCCUUGGGGGAGCUGCCCAAAGCACGACCUGUGCCAGCCAGCUUUCCGGGAUGGGCGCUGCCAGCCCCGUUGCAACACCGAGGACUGCCUGUAUGACGGAUUUGACUGCGCCCAGCAGAAGGAGUGCAACCCAUCUUACGCACGGUAUUGCCGGGACCGCUUCUCGGACGGACACUGCGACAGAGGCUGCAACGUCCCCUCCUGCGGCUGGGAUGGGGGUGAUUGCUUGCCUGCUCCCGCCCCGCUGGGGGACUCAACGUUGGGCCUGGUUGUCCUGCUGCCCCAUGAGGACCUGCCUCCAUUCCUGCGUUCCUUGGCUGUUGCUGUGCGGGCGGCGCUACAGGUUCAACGGGACCCCCAGGGCAGAGAGAGGAUUUACCCCUACACCGGGAAGGAAAAGCUUGGAAGCAAGAGCAAUUGGACAGGGAUUCAGUCGGAAGCUUCUACGGAGACCAUUGGAUUUACCAUCUUCCUGGCAGUGGAUGGGAGCGGGUGUUCCAGGUUGUGCCCCACAUCCCCCAAAUCCGUGCUGAAUUUCUUAGGGGCCUUAUCAGCCAAAGGAACCCUUGAUUCCCUGAUCCCGUACCCGGUGGUAGCCGCCUGGCUUGAGUCAGUAGAGAAAGAUCCCCAGGCUUCAGUAUCCCAAUUUUCUGGGCCCCUCAUUUACGGCGUGGGGGCUGGAGUUCUGGUCAUAGUGCUGGUUAUCUUUUUCGGGCUGUGGAGGGUCCGCCGGCCCCAGCACCGUGAGCAGGGGUCGCUCUGGUUCCCCCCCGGAUUUGCUCCACGCCAAGGCAAGAAACGUCGCUGCCGGAGAGAGCCUGUGGGGGAAGACGCUAUUGGACUAAAGCCAAUGAAGCUAGGUGCUGAAUUUAUAGAGGACCCUGAUAUGUGCUCCGGCUCCCAUUUUGACGGACCCCUGAACACCAAAGAUAUGAAGGGAGAUCCAGAUUCCAUCUCAAUUGCAGAGCAAGACCAGCCUCGGCCAAAGAAGCAGGUGCAGUUCAGCCCACCAAUCCAAAGCCAGGAGAAGGACACCAAUCUGAAGGCUGUCAAAACUCAAGAGCCAGCUUGUGGCCUGACACCGAUGAUGCCUUUGGCCCAUUCUCCUGGGCUGGAACUGGAGGGAUCCUGGACAGACCAAAUGGGCAGCUCUGGGGAGACGCCCCUCCACUUAGCGGCCAGAUACUCCCGGGCGGAUGCUGCCCGGCGACUCCUGACAUCUGGAGCUGACGUCAACGCCCGUGACCAGUGGGGACGGAGCCCCUUGCACAGUGCCGUAGCAGCCGACGCGCUGGGCGUUUUCCAGAUCCUUCUCCGGAACAGGCAGACAGACCUGGACGCGUCGGCGCAUGACGGCUCCACCCCGCUCAUCCUUGCCACGCGGCUUGGGGUUGAAAACAUGGUGGAGGAGCUGGUAGCCAAUCAUGCAGAUAUCAGGGCCGUGGACAAGAGAGGAAAGAGCGCCCUCCACUGGGCCGCAGCAGUCAACAACGUCCGUGCCACCCUCGUCCUGCUCAGAAACGGAGCUGACAAAGACUCUCAGGACAAUCGGGCCCAGACUCCGUUGUUCCUGGCUGCCCAAGAAGGCAGCUACAAAGUGGCUGGCCUUCUUCUCCAACAUGGAGCCAAGCUGACCCUCCGCGACCACGUGGGCCGCCUCCCGGAGGACGUGGCCCGGGAGCGUCUCCACCAUGAUAUCCUGUCCCUCUUGGACCGUUCCUGCCCGUCUAGGGGCCCCGGCCCGGUCUCGCCGCACAGGCCACGGCCACAGGCCCGUCGGGCUGUGGCCAACCUACACCGGUUACCGUGGCAACCCGGCAACCCGCGGCUAACCCCCGUGCCAGAGAAUGAGGGCGCUUUCAAGGACCGCCCCUCACCCAAGCUGCCAGCCCGCCCAUCAGCAAAUGUGGGGGGACCACCUGCUGACUGACUGCGCCCCCUCUGGGUGAAGAUUGGACAGAUGCUAGCGCUGCAGGUCAGUGACAGCGGGUGGAGCCACGAUGUGCCGCUCCGUGGUGAGGUCAUGAAGGCCAGGAAUGAUGAUGUCACAGGAAGUUGCCCGGAAUGCACAUUG